AUGAUUCUGCACCGCUCAGCUGCUGUGAAUGAACUUGUCGUGGAGGUGAUUCGGACUAAACUUUUGGCCGCGCACGGAUAUGAACUCUAUCUUAUUUUACUGACUAAAGCUGUGACAAGAAAGACUGAGUUUGAGGGCCACUCAGCGGACAGUGACCCCGCAUGGAGGAUGAGGAGGAUGAUGUGUUUGAGCCAGACCUGCCCUGCUGGCAAUCCUCAUUCAGAGAGAUAA